AUGGAGUUGUUUUCCUCUUCCCUCACUGCUACUACUAUACUACUCUAUGUAGUAACGCCAUUAUUGUACUUGUGCUUCCUUGUGUGGAAGGUGGUGAAUCACAAAAGGGACCAUGAAUGCUACAUUUUAGGGUAUCAAUGCUACAGGCCAGGCGAUGAUAGAAAGCUUGGAACUCAAUGCAGCGGCAGCAUCAUAUCCAGGAACAAAACCUUGGCUCUCAACGACUUCAAGUUCCUUCUCAAAGCCAUUGUCAGCUCCGGCAUUGGCGAAGAAACUUACGUUCCAAGGAACUUCCUCCAAGGCCGCGAGUCUAACCCUACCAUAAACGACGCCGUUUCGGAAAUGGACGAGUUUUUUCACGACUCGAUCGCCAAACUCCUCGCCAAAACCGGCGUCUCCGCCUCCGACAUCGACGUCCUAGUGGUCAACGUCUCCAUGUUCCCGUCAGUGCCGUCGCUGACUUCAAGAAUCAUCAACCACUACAAGAUGAGGGACGACGUGAAGGCUUUCAACCUCACCGGCAUGGGGUGCAGUGCAAGCUUGGUAUCUCUUGACGUAGUCCAGAACAUUCUCAAGUCGCAGAGAAACAAGUGUGCUUUGUUGGUUACUUCAGAGUCCUUGAGCCCUAACUGGUACUCAGGGAACGACAGAUCCAUGGUCCUCGCCAAUUGUUUGUUUCGAACCGGAGGAUGCGCUAUUCUUUUGAGUAACAAGAGUUGGUUGAAGCAGAAAGCCAUAUUCAAGCUCAAGUGCUUGGUGAGAACCCACCAUGGCGCCAAAGAUGAUGCAUACGGUUGUUGCAACCAAAAGGAGGACGAUGAAGGUAGGCUUGGGUUCUACCUAGGGAAGAAUCUCCCUAAGGCAGCAACAAGAGCCUUUGUUGACAAUUUAAGAGUCUUAUCCCCCAAGAUUUUACCAGCUAGGGAGAUGCUUAGAUUCUUAGUCGUUUCCCUCCUCAGAAAAUUUAAAUCUGUCACGUCAGCACCUAAAGUAGCAGCUCUAGCAACAAACACAAAAUAUGGUAAUAAAUCGCCUUUGAAUUUAAAGACCGGAGUAGAUCAUUUCUGUUUGCACACCGGAGGGAAGGCGGUUAUUGAUGGGAUAGGGAUGAGUUUGGAUCUGAGUGAGUAUGAUCUGGAGCCGGCGAGGAUGACGCUGCACCGGUUUGGGAACACGUCAGCAAGCAGCUUGUGGUAUGUGUUAGCGUACAUGGAAGCUAAGAGGAGGCUCAAGAGAGGGGACAGGGUAUUGAUGAUAAGCUUUGGUGCGGGAUUUAAAUGUAACAGCUGUUUGUGGCAAGUAAUGAAGGAUGUUGAGGAUAGGAAUGUGUGGGAUGAAUGCAUUGAUCAGUAUCCACCACACUCCCUUGCCAACCCCUUCAUGGAGCAGUACGGUUGGAUCAAUGCUGUUCAGGAUCCAACCAACUUCAACCUUCUUAGUCAACCUGCUACUAACUAA